GGAAUGGUGGUUUCCAACCUUUCGGCAGGUUGGGUUAUAAAACCUGCCUGUUAGGUCUUCUUCCUUUAGUAAUCCCCGAAACAGGCUGCGUGGAAGGUGGUGAAAAUGCUAGUCGUUGUUCUUGCAGCGGUUGCUGUGUUUGGGCUUGGUGCAUUCGCAAGCUCUCCCGCAAGAACAUGCAGUGGUGAUGCGGACUGCGUGGAAGGCGCGUCAUGUGUGCCACACUACAACUUUUCAAAGGCCAACCCUGGGCAAUGCAGGCCUACUCAUUACUGCGCUUCCGUGUCUGACAACCAGUGCACGUGCCUACGCGACGGUUUUGAAUGCCGGAAGAAAAACUGCACGGAAUCGUCCUUUGAAUGUGUAGUAGUGGACAACCAGGAGACUAGGUGUGGUGGAGACAAGGCCACUUCGUGUCUUGAAAACCAGAUCUGUGCUUACAGAAGAACUACGUUGUUUUGCUACAACUGUCCUUGCUAUGGCACUCAUUAUGCAAUAUGUCUUGACGAAGACCCCAAAAAAGGCACCUGUCCCGACAGCAUUGUCAUUGCUGCUGAAAAUGGUACCUACAGUUGUAAUGGCUGCUCUUCCGCCACUGAUGUAUUGACAGAUGCCUAGUUCGUUAAAUGGAUGAAUUCUGUAGCAUAUUUUAUGUUGACCAUUGUUAUGAUCAUAUCUGGUUAACAGCUCCUUUCAUAAUAAAGAUGUUUUUAGCCCGGUCA